AUAAGAAAGAAAAUAGCCAAACAAGGGCUGGAAAAUUUCGUUUUUAGUCCCCCUUUUUUUUUUUUUUUUUUUUUUUUUUUUUUUGUAAAUUCGGAUCUGAAAAGCUGAAUAUCCGGACCUUGAACUCCCGGAAACACGACUGAAAACCCUAGCGCCACCAUCUUCUCCAGCCGACGGUGACAGCGGCGCAAGAUCGGACGGAACUCGGAGGAUUUUCUCCAGCUAGAGCUUCGCUUUCGCCUUCUAUUAGUCUUAAAAAGAUAUCACACUCUUCAGGAUGGUAUAGUUAGCUGGGAAAAUCAUGGCUUCCAAAGGUCCAAGGUCUAAGCUUGAUCAUGAAUCGAGAGCUAAGCGCCAAAAGGCCCUUGAAGCUCCCCGAGAACCGCGUCGCCCAAAAACACAUUGGGAUCAUGUUUUAGAGGAGAUGGUUUGGCUUUCAAAGGACUUUGAGUCGGAGAGAAAAUGGAAAUUGGCUCAGGCGAAGAAAGUUGCUUUGAAAGCCAGUAAGGGAAUGUUGGAUCAGGCUACAAGGGGUGAAAAGAAAUUGAAGGAAGAAGAGCAGCGGUUAAAAAAAGUUGCACUCAACAUUUCAAAGGAUGUGAAGAAAUUCUGGCUCAAAAUUGAAAAAUUGGUGCUUUACAAGCAUCAGAUGGAGGUUGAUGAGAAAAAGAAAAAAACACUUGAUAAACAGCUCGAGUUUCUUUUGGGUCAAACUGAGAGGUACUCGACAAUGUUAGCCGAAAAUCUUGUGGACAAUUACAAGCCUGCGCAGCAACACCCUGUACAAGAUCAAUUGAGUAUUAAACAUAAAGAAGUGGAUGAGAACGAUACCAAUGAAUCUUCAGAGCUGAAUGCUGAACCUCAGUCAGAUGCAGCAGAUGUUGACGAGGAUUAUGAUAUACAGUCAGAUGAUGAUUCAGAAGAUGAUGAGCAAACAUUAGAGGAAGAUGAGGCUCGCAUAACUGAAGAAGAAAGACAAGAAGAACUGGUUGCUUUGCAAAAUGAAAUAGAUCUUCCACUUGAGGAGCUACUCAAACGUUAUACUAGGGACAAAAAUAGCAGAGACAGCAGUCCAUUGAAGGAUGAAGAGGGGGAUGAAUUAGCCGUUAUGGACAGAGAUCGUGAUAGUAAGAACGAACUUUCUACAGCCACUAAAAUUAAGAAAAACAACUCUGUUGGAUCCACUGGUCGUCGUUGUAGGGUGAGUAACGGAGGCUUUUCAAUUUUGGAAAACCAUUUAUCAGAAGUUGAGACGCAUAAAGGGGAAAAUCUUUCUGAAGAUUCUGAUGAGUUAGCCAAAGAACAAGUGGUGUAUGAUUUUAAUGAUGAAGGGGGAGAUGGUGACUUUAUUCUUGCUGCCAUAGAAGAAAAGGAUGAUGAGACAACCUUGUUAGAAGAGGAGGAAUUUGCAAAAGCAGAUUCCAAUGACCCAAUAGAUGAGAUUGCAUUGCUGCAAAAGGAGAGUGAAAUACCUAUAGAAGAACUACUUGCAAGGUAUAAAAAGAACUUCAAUGAUGAGGAAGACGUGGAUGACGAAUCUGAGUAUGCCUCUGCUUUGUCGGAUGGGUUUGCAGAUUCUCCAUCACUUGAAGGCUUUGAACAGAAGCAGCAGGUUGAUUCUACGGAUGAAGACAUUGAACAGAAGCAGUGCAGUACUUCUGUGGAUGGAGACGCUCAAUCUGGUGAACACCAGCCAGGUGCACACUCACCUAUGGAUGAAGAGCAAGCCAAACAUGAUAUGGUAUCUGAAGGAGAAAGGGAGAGUGAGAAUAUAAUUUUUGAUGCAGCUGCUGCUGCAAGAUCAGCGCAACCAACAGGAAACACCUUUUCCACAACAAAAGUGCGUACAAAGUUUCCUUUUCUUCUAAAGUUCCCUCUUCGUGAGUAUCAACACAUUGGCUUGGAUUGGCUUGUCACAAUGUAUGAGAAAAGGCUGAAUGGGAUUCUAGCAGAUGAGAUGGGGCUUGGAAAGACGAUUAUGACUAUUGCUUUGUUGGCACACCUAGCAUGUGAGAAGGGAAUAUGGGGUCCACAUCUUAUUGUGGUCCCAACAAGUGUAAUGCUAAAUUGGGAGACUGAGUUUCUUAAAUGGUGUCCUGCUUUUAAAAUUUUGACAUAUUUCGGAAGUGCAAAAGAGCGAAAAUUGAAGAGGCAAGGCUGGUUGAAGCCCAACUCAUUUCAUGUAUGCAUAACAACUUACAGACUGGUCAUUCAAGAUUCAAAAGUUUUCAAGCGUAAGAAGUGGAAGUACUUGAUAUUAGAUGAGGCUCAUCUGAUUAAAAAUUGGAAGUCUCAAAGAUGGCAAACCCUUUUGAACUUCAAUUCAAAGCGGCGUAUUUUAUUAACUGGUACUCCACUGCAGAAUGAUCUCAUGGAACUCUGGUCACUAAUGCAUUUCUUGAUGCCUCACAUUUUUCAGUCUCAUCAGGAAUUCAAAGAUUGGUUUUGUAAUCCAAUAUCAGGGAUGGUAGAGGGACAAGAAAAAGUAAAUAAAGAAGUGGUUGACCGUCUACAUAAUGUCCUUCGCCCAUUUAUACUCCGGCGUUUGAAGCGAGAUGUGGAGAAGCAGCUCCCUAUGAAACACGAGCAUGUAAUUUACUGUAGAUUAUCCAAGAGGCAGCGCAACUUAUAUGAAGAUUUCAUUGCCAGCUCAGAAACACAAGCUACUCUAGCGAGUGCAAACUUUUUUGGGAUGAUUAGUAUUAUAAUGCAACUUCGCAAAGUAUGCAAUCAUCCUGACUUGUUUGAAGGUCGUCCAAUUGUCAGUUCUUUUGAUAUGGCUGGUAUUGACAUUCAAUUGUGUUCUUCUAUUUGUUCAAUACUUUCACCUGGCCCAUUUUCAGGAGUUGACCUUAGGGACUUGGGUUUUUUGUUUACUGAUCUUGAUUAUAGCAUGACUUCUUGGGAGAGUGAUGAAGUUAAAGCUCUUGCUACCCCCUCAAAUUUGAUCAAAGAGCGUGCUAACCAGAUUAAGAUUGAAGAAAUUGGGUUUGGAUUUAAAAAUCGCAAGUUGCAUGGAUCAAAUGUUUUUGAGGAGAUCCGAAAGGCAAUUAUGGAGGAGAGGCUAAAAGAAGCAAAGGAACGUGCAGCAGCCAUUGCAUGGUGGAAUUCUUUGAGGUGUGAGAAAAAACCCUUGUACUCAACAACCCUGAGGGAUCUUGUCACAGUAGACCAUCCUGUUUAUGAUAUUCACCGUCAUAAGGCAAAUCCAUUGUCCUAUAUGUAUUCCACAAAGCUUGCUGAGAUUGUGUUGUCACCAGUUGAAUGCUUCCAUAAAAUGAUCAACCUGGUGGAAAGUUUCAUGUUUGCAAUCCCAGCAGCGCGAGUUCCACCACCUGUAUGCUGGUGCAGUAGAUCAGGGAGUUCUGCAUUUCUCGACCCAACUUAUAAGCAGAAGUGCACCAAAGUCUUGUCUCCACUACUGUCUCCUUUCAGACCUGCUAUCGUUCGGAGGCAAGUAUAUUUCCCUGACAGGCGACUUAUACAGUUUGAUUGUGGUAAAUUGCAAGAGCUCGCAAUUUUGCUUAGAAGAUUGAAAUCAGAAGGUCACCGGGCAUUAAUAUUCACUCAAAUGACAAAGAUGCUUGAUGUUUUGGAGGCUUUUAUAAAUUUGUAUGGUUACACUUACAUGCGCUUAGAUGGAUCCACUCAGCCUGAAGAGAGGCAAACUUUGAUGCAAAGAUUUAAUACGAAUCCAAAAAUAUUUCUUUUCAUCUUGUCAACUCGUAGUGGGGGUGUUGGCAUCAACCUGGUUGGAGCAGAUACGGUUAUCUUUUAUGAUAGUGACUGGAAUCCUGCUAUGGACCAACAAGCUCAAGAUCGAUGCCACCGAAUCGGACAAACACGCGAAGUGCAUAUUUACCGAUUGAUCAGUGAGAGCACCAUUGAAGAAAAUAUUUUGAAGAAAGCAAAUCAAAAGCGUGCUUUAGAUGAUCUAGUGAUACAGAGUGGGGGCUACAACACUGAAUUUUUCAAGAAGCUUGAUCCUAUGGAGCUGUUUUCUGGUCAUAGAUCUCUUCCCAUCAAAAAUAUUCAGAAGGAGAAAAAUGUCAAUGGAAAUGAGCUUUCUCUAUCCAAUGCAGAUGUGGAGGCUGCUUUGAAAUCUGCAGAAGAUGAAGCAGACUACAUGGCGUUAAAGAAAGUUGAGCAGGAAGAAGAGGUUGACAACCAAGAGUUCACUGAAGAAGCUAUUGGGAGACUGGAAGAUGACGAGUUGGCAAAUGAGGAUGAUGUGAAGGUUGAUGAACCUGGAGAUCAGAGUGGCAUGAUGAUAGCUUCGAACAAAGAAACUGGUUUGGUGAUUAAUGGGAGUGAUACUAAUGAAGAAAAGGCUCUUAAAACUGGUAGGGAUGAUGAUGUUGACAUGUUGGCUGAUGUAAAACAAAUGGCUGCAGCAGCUGCAGCAGCAGGACAAACAAUCUCUUCCUUUGAGAAUCAGUUGCGCCCAAUAGAUAGGUAUGCAAUUCGCUUUCUAGAAUUAUGGGACCCAAUUAUAGACAAGACGGCAGUGCAAUCUCAAGUUACAUACGAGGAAAAAGAAUGGGAACUGGAUCGCAUUGAGAAGUACAAGGAGGAAAUGGAAGCUGAGAUUGAUGAAGAUGAGGAGCCUUUUGUGUAUGAAAGAUGGGAUGCCGAUUUUGCAACUGAGGCAUAUCGACAGCAGGUUGAAGCCUUGGCUCAACAUCAGUUGAUGGAGGAACUGGAAUGUGAGGCUAAGGAGAGGGAAGAUGAAGAGGCUGAAAACUGUGAUUCUAUGAACAGGAAUGAGAUGAGAAGUGAUCCUAAACCUAAGGCCAAGAAGAAACCGAAGAAGGCGAAGUUCAAAUCCUUAAAGAAAGGAUCAUUAGCUUCUGAAUCAAAAUCUGUGAAAGAAGCUAUGUCCAUAGAUGAAGAUAGUGUUUCUCAUGAGAUGCUCACCUUUUCAGAUACAGCAUCCCCUCAUUCAAUUGCGCAGAAAAAACGUAAAAAGGCUGAAACUGCAACAGAUGGUGAUGAAGAGAAGACCUCCAAGAAAAAGUCUAAGAAACUCAAGAAGGCUCCUGUUCAGAUUUGUCCUCUGGACCUAGAUACUGACUUUCCUGUUAUGCAGCAUGAUGAACCUGCAGAUUCAAAACGUUUUGAGAGUGUAGUUGAAUGUGAACAGAAACCAGUUAGCAGGAGCAAGAUGGGAGGAAAAAUAUCCAUCACUUCCAUGCCGAUAAAGCGAGUCCUAAUGAUAAAACCGGAGAAGCUAAGGAAGGGGAAUAUCUGGUCAAGGGAUUGUGUCCCAUCUCCUGAUGUUUGGUUACCUCAGGAGGAUGCAAUAUUAUGUGCUGUGGUACAUGAGUAUGGGGCUCAUUGGAACCUGGUUAGUGAAAUAUUAUAUGGUAUGGCUGCUGGUGGAUUUUACAGGGGAAGAUAUCGCCAUCCUGUCCAUUGUUGUGAGAGAUUUAGGGAACUCAUUCAAAGAUAUGUUUUGUCUUCACCGGACAAUCCCAAUUAUGACAAAGUUAGCAGCAAUGCGGGGUCCGGAAAGGCUCUUCUAAAAGUAACACAGGAUAAUAUUCGAACGUUGUUAGAUAUUGCUGCUGAGCAGCCAGACAAAGAGUUGCUCCUUCAAAAACACUUCACUGCCGUUCUGUCAUCUGUCUGGAAGAUUACAUCUCGUAUGGAUCACCACAAGAACCUUGCAUCAUCACGAAAUGGACUCUAUUUUGGUGGGAGAUUUUUCAAUUCUGUCAACCAUAUUUCUCGUACUUCUAUUAAGGAGCCUGUUGAGAGAUUGAAAUUCACUAAUUCAGGACAGAGUAGGCUAUUAGCAGCUGCACUUCACGAUGUUGGUAAUCGACAACAGGAAGACAAAGCAUCCUCUUUUGUUCAAAGGAUGCGACAACCAGAUGACAGAGCUUCUUCUUCCAGUCGCAGGGAAGAUGCAUCGACAAAGGCAGAACGUUGGGAGAUGACUCUGGAAUUCCCUAAAGAAACGGACGACACGUUGGAUCCGCUGCCUUCUGUUCUAAACUUAUCAAUUGUUGGUUCAGACCCUCUCCCAUCUGUUAGUCAGGAUGAGCAGGAAGAUCGUCAUCUCAGAACUUCAUAUGAUGUGGCUGAGAAUCGUUUCAGGGUUUCUGCAAGAGCUUGUGUUGACGACAGUCUCGGAUGGGCUUCAUCUGUAUUUCCCACAAACGAGGUCAGGUCUCGUUCCGCACCGAAGUUACCGUCCUUGGGAAAGCACAAAAUCCCCUUCCCUGAUUUAAACAAACCUGCUAAGUCAAAGUCCAGGAAAACUUCAGAGAAUGGUAAGACGCGCCACCCUCAUAGUGAACAGAUCUUCCGACCAUUGGCAUCGCUGGAUCUUAACCUAUUCAAUCCAAGUUCGCCCAUCACGGCAGAGGUUGAGAUUGAUGCUUUGGGAAGUAACUCCUUUUCUGACAUCAAUGAUUUCUUACCAUCAGAAAUGGAGACUUUUGAAGCAGUAGAACACAGUUAUGAUCCCAGUAUUUUCUCUGAUCUUGUUGAUUGUCCGUUGUCUCCAGAAUUUACCGACAUUGGUUAGGACGAAUCUCAAGCUUGGUCGGAACCAAAAGUUUUGGAACGGAGGGAUUCUCUCGUGAGAAUUUUCCAGGCUCGGGUUAGUUGACCAUAAAUUCUUGGGCAUUGUCGAUGUGCUCCUGAGGCAUGUAUUUUUGUGGCUCGCCAUUUUCGGCCGCUUUAUCAAGAGGGAGGAAUUUGGAACAUCUUGCCUAUGUACCCCAGUUUGGUGGAUUUUGUCUUUCAGAAUUGGCCAUGCCGAGGGAUCAGUGAUUUGGGAAAUUUGGUGCGCCAAUGGAGAAUUUUGCAAUUUCAUUUCUCACUGGGAAGUCUUUGCUAAUUAAUUGGGGCUUAAUUUUGGACAACUACCUUUGUAUGGACUUUGGGCACAUUUCCCCCAAUAGGAAGUAGUGAAAGGAAAUUAAAAAACUAUUGAUUAGUGAGAGCGAAAAAGAAUUAAAAAUUCAGCUUCCCCUUUCUGUCUGCAGAGUCUCUCUCCAAUGACUUGCAAGUGGUUCUAAGCUAUUGAUCUUUUACUUUUGCUAACAAACAAAUAAAUUGAUGUUUUUAAGAAAUAGCUUUAAUCAACACAGCACAAGGCAGUUUUUUUU